GACACAGGCCUUUGAAAAUGAACGUAAGUCCAUUCGUGCUUGAGAUAUUCUGGCACAAAGGAAACGGACACGAACGAAAGAAGAAAUCACCACGCAUUUACAUUAUUAUUAUAGUCACCCCUCAAUUUGCUAUUGUAUAAUGCAAUAGAAUGAUAUUAUAACAUGCUCUGUAACAUGAUAUUAUAUUUUUUUACCGCUUCCUAUUUUUAAAAAUGUACGUAAUUCCAUUCGAGCUUGAGAUAUUCUGACACGAAGGAAGUGGAUAUGAACAAACGAAGGGACCAGGACGCAUUUACAAUACAUUAUUAUUAUAGUCACCCCUCAAUUUGCUAUUGCAUAAUGCAACAGAAUGAUAUUAUAACGUGCCACUAUAACACACUAUAACAUGUCGUUCUGCAAAAGGGUCUAAUAAACCAAAUAUAAAGUGAUGCUUUAGUGUUAGACACACACACACACACACACACUUUGAUAUCAGCAAAUUGAUGGAUUGACAGUGACGGUCGCGGACAUCGUAUAAUUUUGUGUUAUUUGCACCACGACUUGUACGUUGAGAAAUCAAUAACACACAUAGCAAGUGUCAUUUUGUCGUAGUCUUUCAAUGGGGAAACAAGACGAAUAAUCAUGCUAGAGAAUUUUCUGCGAGAAUAUAAUGUCAAUCGGGUAUUUCUGUCGAUCACAGGCCUUUGGCCGUUUCAAAGCAAAUCCGUGAGAAACUUCUUACGAACUUUCUUCUUUCUGCUCGAAAUAAGUUAUUUUUUUUUCGAGAUAAUGUUGUUGUACGAUUAUUGGGACAAUCCGCAAAUGAUUUUUGACGGCAGCUAUCAACUGGCGAUGUCGCUCUCUUUCGUCGGGAGGCAAGCAAAUGAGUUUUGGAAUCGCGACAAGUUGCGACGGUUGUACCUAACCAUUGACGAGCAUUGGAACAUAUUUACGAAUGAUGUGGAGAUUCGAGUUAUGAAAGAUUAUUCUAUGCUAUCACGAAAAUUUACGAAAUAUUACUCAAGGUUGAUGUAUAGCAUAAUGAUAAUAUUAGUAACAUUACCAUUAACACCAUUAUUGCUAGACAUCGUAGCGCCUCUUAACGAACCACGUCCGCGAUUUUUUGCGGUCGAAAUCAACGAAUUCAGGAUGAAUAAAGAUGAUCACUUUCUACUAAUUUUUUGUUAUACUAGUGUUGUAAUUGUGGUAGGCGCAAACAUCGCGAUGGGCGUUGAUACAAUGCAUGUCGCGUGCACUGCUCAUGCAUGUAGUUUAUUUGCCGCUAUCAGUAAACAAAUUGAAAAUAUAACUUCAAAAGCAAACAAUCAACAUAUCAAUGAAAUCAGAGAACGUAAAUAUUGCAUGAAUAUGAAACUUGAUCCAUUAAAUGAGGAAAUAAUAUACCGGGAAUUCGUAUUAUGUUUAAAGAAACACCAACUUGCUAUAGAUAUCUAUUUUAGAUUUGUUAAUACAUUGGACUCGUCAUAUCAAGGGAUUGCAUUACUUUUGUUAAUCUUGCUUAUUGGAACUAUAAGUUUAAUUGCAGUCCGAAUCGUUUAUGUGUUGAACCAAGUGGAGGAAGUGAUAAAAUUCAUGUUUAUAUUCACAGCAUGUCUGGUGACUUUGAUGAUUGUAUCCUACUCUGGUCAAAGAUUAAUAGAUGAGAGUCAGAAUAUAUUCCAUCGGGCAUACGCUGCAGAAUGGUACAUGUUCUCGCCUAGACUGAAAUCUUUACUGAUAAUAACUCUUUACAGAAGUAAUAUACCAUGUGGAUUGAAGGCAGGCAAUAUGAUUCCAUUAUCCAUCGCGACCUAUGCGGCGGUAGUACGAACCGCCAUGUCAUACUUUACAGCGUUUACAUCAUUCAAAGAGUGAUUUUUUAUUAACUUUUCACUAAUAUGCCUUUGUAUAUUUGAUAUACCAUGAUUUUAACAUCAAUACAUUGUAUUUCGAUGAUAUCUGCAUUCGGUUUACAAUUUUUCUCUAUUCUCUGAAUUAUUCAAUUAUACGACAUGUAAACUUCGACCAUACUUGAUUUCAUCAUCUACUUUCGAAGAUUCAUUAUUUGCAGUAUAACUGCAGUACCAAAAACAAAUUGAAAAACAUUCUAGCAAAGAAGAGUUUUUAAUAUAAUCGGAAAGAGAGAAAAAACUAGCACGCGUCUGCAUUACUAUUAUUGUCAUCUUCAAUUAUCUUGUCACGCUACGUUCUAGACUACAAUGUGCUUAUACUAUACUUAUGGAACCAUAACGUGGCAUACCAGGAAGGUAUAUAACAGAAGAUAGUGAAAAUAAUAGUUCGGUAGUUUAGUAUCGUGUUCGAUAGAGGUACUCUAUCAUCAGAGAAAUACGUUAGACAUUGCCAUUGAUGUCACACGACGUUGACAAUUACUGAUAUCGUAC